GGCGACUUAACAACAAAGUAGGGUUAAGGAAAUUCUUCAGAAGUUUCUGAUCUAUCUUAAAGUGAUGAAUGAUGGGAAUCUUAAUUUACUAUAAUGGGACGAAAUAGACCAUCAAAUGCAAGAGGACGAGGAAGAGGUCGUAGUUACGAUGCGAAUGAUGAACGCAGACGAGGUGAUGAAACCAAGCAAGAUGAAUCUAGAAUGUAUAGACCUGCAUCUGCGGGACGUUUAGGUGUUCGCCAGAAGGAAUCUGGAGUAGGAAGCAUUGCAUCUGGUGGAAACGAUGAUGAUGAGAUAUCGAAACCACAGAAAUUCAAAGGAGAUAAGUCAAACGACUGGUGGAAAAAACAAAAGCAAGAAAGACUGCGAAAAGAUAUCGAAACAGCUAAUAAAAGACGUGACCCUGAGUCGGCUACGCAUGGCGAGGAGAGAAUCAACAGAACCACUCAACCAGUAACGAGAUAUGAAAAUGCUAGCAAGAAUAGUCCACCAGCAGUUCAAAACUGUUCAUCUUUUCAGAAAUCUUUUAUGCCCGAUGACCGCGUCGGUACGUUGACUAUUGGUGACAAUAAGCGAAAGAGGAACGAUACCUUAGCUUUAAUGGAAAAGUCCAAAAGUGACCCGCCUAACAAAAGUGCCACACAACAGCAAAGUGAAACAACGGCCCGACCACGAGUUCAGAGUUCAGACCAACGAGAUGGCAUUGAUAAAGUUUCAUACACGUACGGUUGUAGACCUAAAACAACAUUCUUCCAGGGGCAAGCUACGGAAGCAAUUGCUGAAAGGCAUGAUAGGUUUGAACAUUAUCGUAAUUCAGCAAGCCAACAGGACAGAGGACACCAAACAAUAAAACCUUUAAUACGACCGCAGUCACGUGAACAUCCUUCCCAAGAGCGAGGCGAACGUCCUACUUCAUUUAUUAGUCUGGACAGGCUGAAACGUUUAAAGAGCGAGAACCCAUCUAAAAUUGUACUUGAGCUUUCAGCAAGUGUAGAAAUACUAAAAGAGACAAUACACCAAUGCAACAGUGAUAACAAACUAUUUGACACACUUCUUGAAGUUUUUGCAAGAUGUUACGAUACGCAUUCUGUAACACAGUCUAUGGUUAUUCUGUUCGACGUUUUAAACACGGGGAACUUCUUUGGAACAUUACAAAAUCAUCUGCUGGAUCUACAAAAUGAAUUUGAACUUGACCCUACAUCAACAAAACAAAGAGUUCAAAUGAAGCGGACGGUUACGAACACAUUUAAAAUAAUGUGGGAACAAGUAGCCAGAAAUCCAUCUUCUCAUCGACUAUUUUCGAGAUUGUACAACGUCUUGAAACAAAUUAUUGAUGAUCCCGAUUUCUCAAAUGAACUGUCAGAAAGAACAGUAUUGGAUUUUAAAGAAUUUGGAGAACGCAAAAGAAGCUUUGAGAAGGAACUGAAGGUCAUAUCGGUGAAGCCAAAAUCUGAUGGCCCUCCUGACGAUUUCCGAGACAUACCGGUUCUUCCUACCAGUGGAGAAAUUAAAGGAAUCGUACGCCCAUACUUGCGUAAAAAUAAAAAAGAUGGUGACUAUGAUGAUUUAGAUCACUAUCUUGAUGUUCAAUUCCGGCUCCUGAGAGAGGAUUAUAUUGGACCACUCCGUGACGGGGUUUUUGAACACAUAAAACAAUUAAAACAGUCUACUGACAUAACUGGGAAGAAGAAUAGAAAUAAAAAUCUGAAGAUAUAUCCCAAUGUAACGGUGGUUGCGCCACUUGUUUCAGAACAAGGCCUCUGCUACAAAAUGAAAAUGGGUAUGACAUCUCGAAUGAAGAAAAUCAAAUGGGGGCAGGGAAAACGUUUAAUCUAUGGUUCUUUAGUUUGCCUUACUGACAACAAUUUUGACACAUUUAUCCUUGCAACGAUAGUAGAAAACGACGAUCUGGAAGCUGGGUAUUUUACAAUACACAUUGAAGAUGAUUCCGUAGAUACAGCCAAUCUAUUUGGAAAAGUGUUCAUUAUGGCUGAGACGAGCGCGUAUUUCGAGUCUUAUAAGCACGUUCUAUUAAGUUUGCAAACCUACAGAGAUGGAGAUUUGCCGUUUGAAAAGUACAUUGUCUUUUGCGACACUGAUUGUCGACCACCAGCUUAUUUGAACCCUGAGUCGACGUUUGAUUUGCGUUCUUUGAUUGAUGUACCUUUAGACACUGAAACAGAAGAUGUUACAAUGGAAGAAAUCGUUGACAUGAUUGACAAAACAUCAGAUACAUCUGACGAGGACAAUUACACAGCGAGGGCUCCAUCGGUUGAAACAGAAUUGAGUAAUCGUGAUUACAAAGAGGUGCAAAUUCUUGAUGAGUCUAAGUGGCCCUCAAAUCAUUUACUCUCUUUGGACGAAUCGCAGAUGAAAGCUGUACAAAACGCCCUUACAAGAGAAUUCGCUGUUGUCCAAGGACCUCCAGGGACUGGAAAAACGUAUAUUGGUUUGAAAAUUGCGAAAGCAUUGCUUCUUAAUCAAAAGGUAUGGUGCCCAAUGACUGUUGACGGAGUUUUAGAAAAAUCGCCGUUGCUUGUUGUUUGUUACACAAAUCAUGCACUCGACCAGUUCCUCGAAGGGAUCAAGAAGUUCUUCCGCGGUGAUAUACUGAGAGUUGGUGGUCGCUCAAACAGCAACAUUUUGUCAGGAGAUAUUUUAAAGAAUCGAAGGCAGCGAGUAUAUUUAAGAGAUCCACAGGUAGAGAAGAUGCGUACUUUGAAAGAAGAAGCAAGAAGAACUAUUGAGUCUCUAAGGGAAAAUAUUGGAAAAUUGGCAUUAACUGUAGAACUUCAAAUGCAUGAGGUUGUACAUGAGGAUCAUUUGGGCAACGUAAUUGGGGAACUGCAUAUGCAGCAGUUAAAAGGCGAAAAUGUUAUCAACUCGCCACAAUUGAUGCAUUGGCUACCAGUUAAUUUUUUAUAUCAGAAAUGCAGACAAGAUUGUAGAAACAAGAUGAGGAAGGUCGAGGAAAAGCAUACCGAAGCUGCCGUUGAUCUUGGUCAGCAAAGAAGAACAGCACAAAUGUUGCUAGGUGAUAUUUUAGAGGACUUUCCAAAAACCAACAAAAUGGCAUUGCUACGCGAGGUACGCAAAGAAAGUGUUGUGUACUCUGUUGAUAGGCGACACAUCGAUGACUUGACACAUAAAAUAGAACACGUAAUUAGACAGCUGAAACACAGAUGGGAAUCUUUGAAAAACGAAAGAAAACAUCUUCGUGAACUCGAAAUCAGGUUUGAAAGAAAUCGGCUGAAUCACACUGCAAGAGAACGAGCUGUAUUGAAAAAUCAAAUAGCAAAUAACGCUGGACAAAUAGAGCUGUUGGAAGCGAGGAAAAAAUCGCUUGAAAAUGAAUUGCGAAAUGAAAUUGAAUUUAACAAACUCAUGGAAUCAGCAUUACAUGAGUAUUUGUCUUCGCCGCUUGUUUUUACUGAUGAAGAAGUAAUGGCAAUUCAUGAUGUAUGGGCACUGAAUUUAGAAGACAGAUGGAAACUGUAUAGAUACUGGGUCAAAAGAAAAGCCCAGCAGUUGUAUGAGACCAUUGAUGGAAGGAAAGGCGAUUACAAAGUAGCCGCACAAAGAUUUCAAGAAGCACAGAUUCUGGAAGACAAAGAACUUAUGAGAAAAUCGGAAGUUAUUGGAAUGACAACAACAUGUGCUGCAAAGUAUCAGUCUGCUUUAAGGGAUAUUAAGCCGAAGAUUGUGAUAGUAGAAGAAGCUGCAGAAGUACUCGAAGCACACAUUGUCACAACGCUUAGCAGAGGCUGUCAACAUUUGAUACUCAUAGGUGACCACAAACAACUGAGACCAAAUCCAACUGUGCACAGAUUGGCUGUCAAAUACAACUUGAACAUAUCCUUGUUCGAGAGAAUGAUUAAUAAUGGAGUGAUGUACAACUGUUUGCACUUACAGCACCGAAUGAGACCAGAAAUAGCUGAUGUUAUGAGACACAUCUAUCCCGGACUCCAGGAUCACCCCCAAGUUGAAACGUACGAAAUGAUUAGAGGUGUGGCAACGGAUAUUCAGUUAAUAAACCACAGCUACCAAGAGACGAUGAGAGAUGAAAUAAGAAGCUAUGCAAAUCCGCACGAGGCGGCUUUUGUGUUUAGACUUUGUGAGUACAUGUUGUUGCAAGGUUAUGACCCAAGUCAGAUAACAGUCUUAACAACGUACACGGGUCAGUUGUUCGAACUUAAAAGACAAAUUCCUAAGGAUGGUUUCCGAGGCAUGCGAAUAACAGUUGUUGAUAACUACCAGGGAGAAGAAAAUGACAUCGUUAUUUUGUCCUUAGUACGCAGUAACCCUGAAAAUCGCAUUGGGUUCCUGAAAAUUGAGAACAGGGUUUGCGUAGCUCUGUCACGGGCAAAGAUGGGCUUUUAUGUUCUUGGAAAUUUUGAUCAAUUUUCAAAAUGUUCUAUGCUUUGGAAAACUAUCUACGACCACGCAAGGGAAAGAGGACAGGCUGCAGACGGUUUAAAAAUUGUCGGUUCUAAUCAUCCAGAGGAUGGGGAAAAACUGAUGACCGAUCCUGCAGAUUUUCUUAAUGCACCUGCCGGAUGCUGUUCACGGGACUGCGAGGCAAGACUUGAAUGUGGGCACAAAUGCAAACAAAAAUGUCAUGUUAUGGACAUAAAACACUUGAGGUAUCAUUGCAACCAAAUGUGUAGUAAAACAUGUGAAAACGGGCACCCCUGUGAAGCUAGGUGUUUCAAACAAUGUCCGCCAUGCCAGGUUCCAAUGCAAAAGACGGUUCAAAGAUGUGGUCACAAGCAAACGGUAGCGUGUUCAAUUCCAUUGAACAACAUCUGUUGUCAGCAUGAACCCUGUCCACGAAAACUCAAAUGCGGUCAUGACUGUCCAAACAAGUGUGGAUAUCCACAUGAAGCAAAGUGCGAAAUAACCGUAAAAAAAUCAUGGGACUGUGGCCAUUCUGCAGAUGUCAUUUGCUAUGAGAAAGACACUUUACCAUGUCCAGAACCGUGUCAAAAUAUCCUUGCAUGUGAACACUUAUGUAGCGGAACGUGCGGAACAUGCUACAACGGCCGGCUCCAUGAGGGAUGCAACGCAAGCUGCAACCGUAUAUUAAUUUGUGGACAUGAGUGUCAAUCUACAUGUAGUAAUUGUCCACCAUGCACUGCCGACUGCGAAAAUAGAUGUGUGCAUAGCAAAUGUAUGAAGCUUUGUGGUAAGCCAUGUCAACCUUGCAAAGAAAAGUGUGUUUGGGAGUGUGAGCAUUUCAAAUGUUCAAAACUUUGCAGCGAGCCAUGCGAUCGCCCCCCGUGUAAUGAGCCUUGCAAAUCGCUUUUAGAAUGUGGCCAUCCUUGUAUAGGACUUUGUGGAGAACCGUGUCCUACUCAGUGUAGAUAUUGCCACGAGGAGGUGACUGAAAUAUUCUUCGGUGAUGAGGACGAGUCUGAUGCAAGAUUUGUUAAAUUAGACGACUGUGGGCACAUCUUUGAAUAUCAGGCUCUCGACAAGUAUAUCGAAAUGGAAAAUGAAGAUGGAGCUGUAAGACUAAAGGAGUGUCCAAAAUGCAAAACCCCAAUCAGGAAAUGUGUCCGAUAUGGAAAUAAAAUUAAUGAAUGCAUUGCAAAUAUUGAGCUUGUCAAACGGAAGCUUAUUGGAAGUAAAACUGAAAUAGGUGCCAUUCGACUGGAUUUGAAGAAAAGUCUACACGAAAACCAUUUACAAGAUAAUGCACGAGGAUGUAUACAUCCACGAUUUAGAGCGAAUUUAGAACAGUUUAUUGUGUCUGAGAGCAAUGAUAUAAUUACUAAGCAAUCGAUGUUGAAUAUGAAAGCAAAAUAUGAUGCUAUGAGGUCAUUAACAACAGUUGUUGACGGAUUCACAUAUCGAACAAACAUGAAUGAUUUAGAUUAUGAUUCCAAGAUCAAGAAAUUUUUUCAAAGUAUCUCAAUCCGUUUGUCGAAAUCAAGUUCUAUUUUGACUGAACAAUUAACACAUGACAUUCAGAGGGAAUAUACAAGAGGACAAUUGUUUUCUGAAUACUUAAGACUAAAUAAAGAUCUUGAUCUGAAAACGAGACCUCAGACAACGAGUACACUUUUGGAAAGGAUUGCAAAAAGAGCAGGUAAACUGGUCCCACCGACAGAAGACGAAGAUGAUAGCAGUAAUAUAACGGAUGGGAAGUUAUUGACCGAACGAACUCGUGAAAUUCUUGUCAAGCCUGCGGUUUUCACGGAAGACGACGAAAAAGAAGUUAAAGCGUCAUUUGAAACGAUUCGGAAGUUGGUAAACAUCAAGGGACUGGGCAUAACAGAGGAGGAACGAGCUUCCAUCGUUUCUGCAGUGAAGCUGACUAAAGGGCACUGGUUCAAAUGUCCAAACAAUCAUGUAUACGCAAUAGGGGAGUGCGGAGGGGCAACGCAGAAAUCCAAGUGUCCGGAAUGCCAGGUGGAGAUUGGCGGAGAACAACAUAGACUUACGGAAGGUAAUCAGCUUGCUCCGGAGAUGGACGGAGCAGCAUUCGCCGCUUAUUCGGAAGAGGCAAACAACAUGGCCAACUUCGAUCUUCGGGGCGUUCAUUAAAGAUUUGUUUUGAUAUCAGAUGAACGUAUAUAUCGUAAUCAUAAAUCAUAAUCUACCACUAGAUAGGUCAAGGUCAAGCAAUACUUCGAUCAAUAUUUUUCUGUGUUUUAAUUUCUCAACUUCAGUAUUUGAAAUUCAUUUAAUAGGUAGGGUUAUACUGAGACUAAAUCUAUCAAGUAUAUACUGAGUAUCACGUGUUGUUGUAUCGCAAUGUUGAUUCAGCUUGUACAUACAAAAUACAGAACAAGCAGGACUCUCGUCUUACUUGAACUGCGUGAUUUGUGCACCUCUUUCAGUGUUGUUUGGGACCUUACUUUAAGCCUAUUAACAGGGUUUAUCAUAUAGUUUUCAUUGUAUUGAUGUUUUACAUGAUCUAUGCAAUACGAUUCUACAUGUCUGUAUUGUGUGCAGUGCAACGCGCUGUAAUUUAUUUGAUUUUUUGGGGUGUAAAUAGCUUUGUUUUAAAGUAUAAAUGUAUGUCGUACAUUGAGUAGUGUCCAUGUAAUAUUAAAAAGUUAUCUUUGCAUACGGAUCUAUGUAAAGCUAAUUAACUUGUACACCAAGAAGUAUUUCGGUGCAUCUUUAAAAUUGUUUUGUACAAAUAUAAAAUUUGUAGACUCAGUGUCUCUCAGUGUAUUAUUCUAUAAGAAUCAUUUGUGUGUGUUAAGCUACUAUGUAUAUUCUUUUGUAUUUUGUACACCAAGUAGUAUUUAUGUGCGUUCUAAGUUAAAGCUAUGCACAAAGCUACCUGUAUAUCGAUUGUGGAAACGGAUUGGUUCCAUUUGGAAUAAGGCUUCUUUCAAAUGCACUUCAAAUAAGAGUCUGUUUGCUUUCAAUCUUGAAUAAAUAUGUUAUUUGUACGAGUAGUGUUCCAGUGUGCGGAGCAAAACGCUAGUUGUAGCUUGUAUCCCAUUUUUUAUGUAUUGGUGGAAUUGGAUGGUGUGCAGAUUGCACCAUUUUUAUGUAUUGGUAAAAUUGAAUGGUGUGCAAAUUGCACCAUUUUUUAUGUAUUGGUAAAAUUGAAUGGUGUGCAAAUUGCACCAUUUUUUAUGUAUUGGUAAAAUUGAAUGGUGUGCAGAUUGCACCAUUUUUUAUGUAUUGGUAGAAUUGGAUGGUGUGCAAAUUGCACGUUCUUUUAUGUAUUGGUAGAAUUGGAUGGUGUGCAGAUUGCAUCUUUUUUAUGUAUUGGUAGAAUUGGAUGGUGUGCAAAUUGCACGUUCUUUUAUGUAUUGGUAGAAUUGGAUGGUGUGCAAAUUGCACGUUCUUUUAUGUAUUGGUAGAAUUGGAUGGUGUGCAAAUUGCACCAUUUUUUAUGUAUUGGUAGAAUCGGAUGGUGUGUAGAUUGCAUCAUUUUUUAUGUAUUGGUAGAAUUGGAUGGUGUGCAAAUUGCACCGUUUUUUAUGUAUUGGUAGAAUUGGAUGGUGUGCAAAGUGCACCAUUUUUAUGUAUUGGUAGAAUUGGAUGGUGUGCAAAUUGCACCAUUUUUUAUGAAUUGGUAAAAUUGGAUUGUGUGCAAAUUGCACUAUUUUUUAUUUGAUAGAAUUGGAUGGUGUGCAAAUUGCACCAUUUUUGUAUGUAUUGGUAGAAUUGGAUGGUGUGCAAAUUGCACCAUUUUUGUAUGUAUUGGUAGAAUUGGAUGGUGUGAUAAUUGCACCAUUUUUAUGCAUUGGUAGAAUUGGAUGGUGUGCAAAUUGCACCAUUUUUUAUGUAUUGGUAGAAUUGGAUUGUGUGCAAAUUGCACUAUUUUUUAUUUGAUAGAAUAGGAUGGUGUGCAAAUUGCACCAUUUUUGUAUGUAUUGGUAGAAUUGGAUGGUGUGCAAAUUGCACCUUUUUUUAUUUGUUAGAAUUGGAUGGUGUGCAAAUUGCACCAUUGUUUUAUGUAUUGGUAGAAUUGGAUGGUGUGCAAAUUGCACCUUUCUUUUAUGUAUUGGUAGAAUUGGAUGGUGUGUAAAAUGCACCUUUAUUUGUUAGAAUUGGAUGGUGUGCAAAUUGCACCAUUUUUAUGUAUUGAUAGAAUUUGAUGGUGUGCAAAUUGUACCAUUUUUUAUGUAUUCUUAAGAUUUGUUACUGCCCAAAUCACUAAACAACUUAUCUGAUCGGUCACUUUAAAUAAAUAUGAUUGAAGAUAUUGAUUAACUCGUAUAUUUAGGAAAUCAAACAUAAAGUGUACGAAAACAAAUCAUGCAGUUGAGUUUCUAUAGCAAAAGUAAUGACUUGUUGCCGAGUUAUGACCUCUUCUGAACCCAGUAUAAUUUCUUGUGUUUCUCUGUAAUGUGAAGUUUUUCUUCAUUCAUAUUAAAGUUAAAAAACGAACGCAACUGUUAUACACAAUAUUCUUAAUAAUGAGUGUUUGUAGAAAAUUAUACAUUAUGAUAAAUCCCUUUUCUGUAGAUUUGUGUGCGUGGGUGCGCGAGUGUGCGUUUUGUGUUUUUGUUGGUUUGUUUGCAUUGCUGUUGAAUUUUUAUGAAGGCAUAAUUUUAAACCAGUUAUGUUACAUAGCUAGAUGUGUAACCUUCAAUUUAAAAUGUUAUUUUUAUUAUCAUUAUUGUUGUUGUUAUUAUUACUAUCAUUAUUAUUAUUAUUAUUAUUAUUAUUAUCAUUAUUAUUAUUAGAGUAUCCUAUAAUUUCUAUGAUAUGAAGUGUUAUCAUUCAUGCUUCUCAUAAUAUCUAUUACUCUAAACUGUGUUAUAGGAAAUAAUGCUACCAUGUUGGGGAGUGAUUUCCUCUUUCUUCAUUUAUACAUGAACUUCCAUAUCGGAAGGUUAACAAGAAGGCAGAGCUUAACUGUGCUAACACUAUCAAGCAGUUCAUAUCAAUGUUAGUCACUUAUACCAGCGCGCUUCAUGGAAUUUUCUCGUGUGCCCUACUGCGUUCAUACAGCAUAAAUGCAAGAAAAAAAGGGAUCAAUCCUUAAAUGGUUUUGAAACGCUAUAUGAAGUUCAAACAAUGGGACAGAAAAUGUUCCCUUUGCCGGAAUGCGCUAGUCAGGCUGAACAUUGAAAUUUUAAAAUUGGGACAGUAAUGCUUUCCAUUGCCGAAAUGCAUAUUAUACACACACUAGUUAUCGAAUGCAGUCCAUGACAACAGGGUAUGGACAACAUGGUACAAAGUUACUACCCAAAACCAUGGUGAUUGAAAUUAAGAGCUCUGGUGUAAUUUCAUUCAUUUACUUGGCCUGUGGUUGCCAUAACUAUUACUCAUGUCACCUGACAUUGUUCUGUAUUCUAUAGUCCCUAUAAUAUAAAACUACUGUUUUUAAUGUAUUUGAAUUUUAAUUACUUUAAGUAACUUGUACAAUGUAUGUGUGACAUGAAAAGUAUGAGCUUAUAUUUCAAUAAACAUAUUCAAUUUCA